AACGUCAAAAAACUCAAAAAAAGUUUGGCGCUGCGCUGGGGCUGAAAUGCUUCAAGGGGCUCAACGAUUAUCAGGUUGUUCUCCCAAAAGAUCUGAUAAUUCGGUUCUCCCCUUGGUUCAGUCAAUUGAAAAAAAAAAACAAUAUGGGUUUUGGGUUUAAAAUCAUAGCUAUUUAUGUAGUUAUUAUAUUGUGAAAUUUAUAUUACCAUUUCACAAUUCAAUAAUGACCGACACUGAUAGAGUAGUGGUUCUUGUUGAUAUGGACUGUUUUUAUUGUCAAGUUGAAGAAAAGCUUGAUCCUACUCUAGAAGGGAAACCGAUAGCAGUUGUACAAUACAAUGCCUGGAGAGGUGGAGGUAUUAUUGCAGUCAACUAUCCAGCUAGAAGUAGAGGUGUUACAAGACAUAUGAGAGGAGAUGAUGCCAAGAAAAUUUGUCCAGAAAUCAUGCUAGCCAGAGUGCCAAAUGUUCGUGGCAAAGCUGAUUUAACUAAGUACAGGGAGGCUGGACAAAAAGUUGCUGAAGUACUACAAACUUUCACACCACUUCUUGAAAGAGCUUCUGUUGAUGAAGCUUAUCUUGACAUCACCAAUGUUGUGAAGAAAAGAAUCAUGGAAAAUUCUGAACCAUUAUUAACCAUUGACAAAAUACCAAAUACUUAUGUUGUUAAUUAUGAUACUGCAGAUUUUCUGCACAAUUUAAAAAUUGACAGUAGCUUCUGCCAUAGCAACCAGCAACUUGCUUUUGGUGGAAUGAUUGUUGAAGAAAUUAGAAAAGAAGUAUUUGAAAAAACAGGUUACCAAUGUUCAGCUGGAAUUGCUCAUAAUAAGAUUUUAGCAAAGCUUGUUUGUGGAUUGAAUAAACCAAACAAACAAACUAUUCUACCUCAUGAGUCUGUGCCCACACUCUAUAAAGAUUUGCCCAUUAAAAAAAUCAAAAGUUUAGGAGGAAAAUUUGGGAAUGCCCUGGCUGAAGAAUUAAAUAUAUCCAUGAUGGGGGAAUUGAUCAAGUUUAGUGAGAAGGAAUUGAUAAAAAAAUUUGAUGCAAAAAAUGGAAAAUGGUUGUAUAAUAUUGCAAGGGGAAUUGAUUUUGAUCCAGUUACUACAAGACUGACAUCAAAGUCAAUUGGCUGUUGUAAACGAUUUCCAGGCAAUAAUUGUUUGAGAAGACCUGAACAAGUUGAGCACUGGCUGAAUGAAUUGGCAAUGGAGAUCUCAGAGAGACUUGAGAAAGACAUGCAAGAAAACAAAAGGAAAGCAAAACAAAUGGUAGUGAGCUUUGCCCAAGCAGUGAAUGAAACUGAAAGGAGCAGUUCUCGUACACAGACACUGAAUUCUUAUAACCAGCCUAGAAUAGCCAAGGAUAGCAUGGAAAUUAUCAAGAAAUAUUCCAAAAAAGUUAAUGACUGUUAUAACAUUACUUUUCUUGGCAUCAGUGUGGGCAAUUUUCAAGAAAUUGAAAAUAGUAAGAGCAUAUCAACCUUUUUCAAGAAUAUGAAUGAAACUAAGAAAUCCAAGUGUACCACUGAAACAGAAAAAACUAUAGAAAAAAAUGAUUCUCCCUCAACAUCAAAAAUAUUGGAUGACAGUGGAAAUGAUAAAGUUGAUGAUGAAAAACAAAAUUCAGGUUAUACUGAACCAGAUGGGUUUGAUAAAGGAGAUGAUGUUGAAAAUCUAUCAAUUUAUUCUGCUACCACUGAGGAGCUUGAUGAAGAUCCAAAAGAAUAUAUUUACUAUGAAGAUAUUUUUCCAGAAUCACUAUGUAAAAAGCCAGUUGAAAACAGUCAAAUAGAGGGUGAAUUGAAAAUUCUACAAUUAGGAAAAACAAAUGAAACUGAUAUUUGCAGACCAUCAUCAUUUUUUGGUAAAUAUUUUGAUAGCACCACAGAUGAAAGUAUAACAUCAAGCUCAAGUAUAGAAGUUUCUGAAAACCAUGAAAAAAACACCAUACAUGGAGAACACAAUUUUUCCUUAUCAGAUGAUAUUCCUUUUGCUGAUGAAGAAAAGAAUAAAACUCAUGAGGAUGAAAAAAUAUGUAUUGAUAAAGAAAUAUGUCUAGAUUGUAAUAAACAAAUUUUAGUAUCAGAAAUGGCAGAACAUCAAGAUUAUCAUUUUGCUCUUAAACUUGUGAGAAGUGAAGCCCAUCUUUAUAAUCCUCAAAUGUCCCAUAAAUCUAGUGAUUCAGCUGUAUCCAGGAAUAACAAAAAGAGCCAAAUAAAGAAGAACAAUGGCAAUACUCAAAAGGGAUCAAUCUCAAAAUUCCUUCAGCAUACAAAUGAUUCAUCACUUAUUAAAAAUGUUUAUUUCCAACAGGAAGCAUCAAAACAGUCACCACAAGGAAUUAAAAGAAAAACCAGUGAUAGAAAACUUGUAUCCCUUCCAAAUGAUAUAGAAAAUCCCGAAUUUUGUCAAGAGUGCAAUACAAAUGUUGAAUUUGAAGACAAAGUCAGUCAUGAUGAUUAUCACCUAGCUAAGAAGUUACAUGCAGAAUUGAAUACAACUAAGUUGAAUAGGAACCAAGAAAAGGUAUCCACAGAAUUGCCAAAAAAUAAGAAACCAUCAGAUAUUUCUAUGUAUUUCAGAAGGAAAUAAUGAGAUUAUUGAAAAUUUCAUAAAUGUUGAGUAUAACUAUUAGUUUAUUGAACAAUUGCCUACAAGUUUUUUACAAAUUGUAAAAUUAAAAGUCCAAUAAUUAUGU